GGCGGGGCUUCCGCUCUGUGACUGCGCUGCAUGCUUGGAAGGAUCCCCCACAUGGAAACGUAUACGUUACCGGGGAGAAGAGCCCGGUGCAGUUUUGUCUUGUGAGGAUUAUUAAGAAAAUACAAAAUGCAGCACUUGCCGCCAGCUACUAUACGUCUGCUGUCCAGCUCCCAAGUAAUCACUUCUGUGAUUAGUGUGGUAAAGGAACUAGUGGAGAAUGCCUUGGAUGCCAAUGCUACUAAUCUUGACAUUAAACUAGAAAACUUUGGAUUUGAUAAGAUUGAAGUGCGAGAUAAUGGUGAAGGAAUCAAAGCAGCUGAUGCCCCUGUUAUGGGAAUAAAACAUUAUACUUCCAAAAUCAACAACCAUGAGGAUCUAGAGAGAUUAGAGACAUAUGGCUUUCGAGGGGAAGCUUUGGGUUCAAUCUGCUCAGUAGCAGAGGUGCAUAUUACAACAAAGACAGCUGCCGACGACUUAAGCACACUAUAUAUACUAGAUAGCAGUGGACAUGUUGUUUCUCAGCGACCUUCCCAUCUUGGACAGGGUACAACUGUCUCUGUUCUGAAAUUAUUUAAGAACCUACCAGUAAGAAAGCAGUAUUAUUCUACAACAAAGAAAUGUAAGGAGGAGAUUCGAAAGAUCCAGGAUCUGUUGAUGGCCUAUGCAAUUAUAAGACCAGAAUUAAGGAUUGUAUUUGUACAUAAUAAGGCAGUAAUCUGGCAAAAGUCCAAGGUGUUGGAUCACAAAAUGGCCCUCAUGACAGUCCUGGGAACUGCCAUCAUGAGCAGUAUGGUCCCUUUUCAACAUCAAUGUGAUGAUCCAGAAAUAUCGAUUAGUGGAUACCUUCCCAAACCAGGCUCGGACAGCACACUGACCAGUUUUUCUAGCUCUGAAAGGAGCUUCCUUUUUAUAAACUGUCGUCCUGUUCAACAUAAAGAAAUAAUGAAGAUGAUUCGAUUGUAUUAUAAUCAGAGCCAGAACAAGGAUUCUUCACGUUGCUACCCAAUUUUCUUCAUGAAUAUUGUCCUUCCUGCCUCGUUUUUGGAUGUUAAUUUAACCCCUGAUAAAACCCAGGUCAUGCUGCAGAAUAAGGAUUCUGUACUGCUUGCUGUGGAGAAUGUGCUUAAAUCAAUAUAUCCAUGUUUAGAAACUGAUAAAGCAAAUGCACAGUCUCAGGAAAAUAUUAAUGACAUUGAACACCCAAAUGCAGAUCCUGGCAAACAGAUGUUUUGUGUAAAUCCAAAUUCUGAAAAGCAGUUCUUUCCCAUUACUAACAGUGAUCAAGAUUGUUUAAAAAAACAAGUCUUAAACCUAGAUGACCAUCCUGAUUUUGAUGUUAGUGAGGUCUCUGUUUAUCAGACGAAUGCUGUAGUUUGGGGUUGUGCCACAAAUUCAUCACUAGUGGAAACCAAAGAUGGAUCUUCAGUAAACUUUGCUAUUGAUGACAACAUUUUACUAGAAACACAGUCAAGUCCUAUGCUUUCCACUCCAAACAUUGGACAGGCUACAGAAAGAAAAAUAAGUAAGAAGACAGAACUAAAUGAAGAACUAGAUGUUAUUGAUAACUGGAGUAAAGGGAAUGCACUCAAAGAUAGUAGAGGCGAGAAUCUUGAACCUGUAAAGAUAUUGUGCCUCCGUGCUGAAUGUGAUAUGAUUGAAGAGGUGAGCGACUCUAAUUUAGCUAAAAGCCCAGAAAACAUAAAGAAAUCAACAAAUGUUAUCGCAGAGAAAUCUGGUUUUAUCACAGCUUACGACUUCAUCAGUAACAAAGUCAUAAAGAAGCCAAUGUCUGCAAUUGAAUUCUUCACGCAAGAGACUCGAUCUAGACUGUUAGCUGAGAACCCAAACAUUGGCAUUGGUGAAGUUUCUUCUCAAGCUGAUAAACUAUGGAAGGAACUGGAUGAAGGAGAAAAACUCAAGUACCAGGAUAAAGCCGCUAAAGACCUGAAACGAUACAACACACAGAGUGCAAAAGCAUCAGAGCGGAACAUGCAAAGCCCAAGAGAAACAGAGAAAAGACAGAAAUUGGCUUCUGGACAUAGUCCUGCUCAAAAUCCGAAACUGAAAACACCUCUUUCCAACCAGCAAUUACUUGACAAACUGUUCCAAUCGCAAGUUGAAAAGCAAAAUCCCACGCUGCCUGUCAAAACUGUACAGAUCACCUUUGCACUCAGUGCCUUAAAACAGCAAUGUUAUAAGCUUCCAGAAAAGCAUACUGUCAAUUCAGAGGACUUUUGCUUGAUAAGCAAGCUGAACUUCCCUGGUGCUUGGGUUGUAGCCUCUAAGCAAAAAAUAGCACUAUUAAAUCCUUAUAGGAUUGAGGAAGCUUUGCUGUUUAAACGGCUGGUAGAAAAUCAUAAAAUAUCUGCAGAGAUGCUGGAUUCGGCAAUUAUUUUAACAGACAGGCUACUAGGAGGACCUGCAUAUUUAGAUGCCCUAUUAGGCAUGCAGAAGGAUCCUCCCAGGAUGAAUGGUGAUGUGUACUUUUCUGAUCUCAGACUUACAGCUAAUGGAUUUCAGAUAAAAAUGACACCAGGAAAGUCGGCUCUAGACAACUAUAUUGCAAUAGAAGGAAUGGCCACCAGUUUGCCUUUUUAUGGGAUAUCUGAUUUGAAGGAGAUUUUAAACACUGUGAUAAAUGGUAAUGGUAAAGAACUGUGUGACUGCAGGCCUCUCAAAGUUUCGAACUAUCUGAAGGGAGAAGCAGUCCGUCUAUCUCGUCAGCUUCCAUUCCACUUAAAAAAGGAGGAUGUGUGCGACACUUUGUCCCGCAUGAAAGAGCAGCUUGGAACUGAGAAGAAAGGGUGUAUACAUGGUCGCCAGUUUUUUCAUCAUUUAACAGACAUACCUGAAACUGUCUGAGAAGACAAUUGUGACUUUAGUCAAAUAGGACAGACCGUAUGAAAAAAGCAUUGAUUCGUGUUUUUAGAUGUCUUUCAUUUGUAACUGUUCCUCAUCUUAAAGAUGCUUUUUUUUUGAAAGAUGAUGUUGAGGAACAAUUAUUAUUCUUUUGUUAAAAAAGCUGUGCAAGUCACCGUUUAUCCCGCUUCAUAGUGUGAUUUAUACAAUGACGCAAGUAAACCUGUCCACAGAGGAUUUACAGCUCCAAAAAUGAAGAAAGCCUAAGAGGCAUAAAUAAUACUUUAGAUGAGACAACUUUGGUUGUAAAAUUCAUUUGUUUCCUAAAAUUCCUAAAACAAGCUGUAUCAUUUUCAAUGCAUCCCCUACAUUGACAUCAGUUACUUGAAUAAAGUAAAUGACUAAUAUUUAUAUUUAAGUAGUCUGUAAAUGCGAAUUGUGAAUCUUUGUGUUAUUAGUAAAAUCCUCCAGACUUUGUGUAUGCUUUUAGAUCCUAUCAGU